UGCAAAUCAUUUGUGUGAGUGCCUUUGUGCUCUAAAAUACGUGUGCUAAAUACUCCUACAUCUUUAGUUUUACAUUAGUAUGUAAACCCAUGCAAAUGUUAAAUUAGGCAUACAUAUACGUAUAUAUCUGCAUAUCUGUAAAAUUUCGUGAAGGCUGUGACUCGGAAACUUCGUAUAUAUUGAAUCGUCCUUCUCUUAGUUCACGUUUUUAUCUCCUUUCCUUUUUAUGCCAUCUAACUUCCAUCAUUCAUCCAGCUUUACAGCUGAUAUGAUAGAAGAGAGGAUAUUGGUUAAUAAUAUUGCUCUUAUGUCUACUGCGUCUGUUCCAUUCUAUUAAAGUGUCAAAACAGGCAGUGUAUUUGUUUCGUGGAACAAUAUUUUUCUUUUUUUUUCCAAAUUUUCUUAACAUUUUUUUUGCAAAAGUGAUUAACGUAAAUUUCUCCUUUUUUGUUAUUUGUUUAUUCAAAAUUUGGUUGGAAAAUUAUAAAAAUUAGAGGUAUGAGAGACUUGGAGUUUCGAUAACAGUGUGAUUUAAAAAAAGUAUAGUUUUGUUUUUGAGAAAUAAAGAAAGUGAAUAGUUUUACGACAACGACAAAAAAAAGUGAAUAACUGGAUUUUAUCCGAAAGGACUACGCGGGCAUGGUAUACCUGAGGGCUGCUUGGGGUAUGGGAGAAGCUCAAACGCAGUGCCAUAGCACUAAUUCUUCACCAAUUUCGUCAACUUUUCUUCACGAUCAUGACGAGGAAGUCGCUUUACAUCCACUCAAUAAUCAGGUCGGUGGUCAUACUCGAUUACUGCUUCUCAACCAAAAUACGAUUUGCAAGCCACUGAACUGCAGAGAAUUAGACUUCUACAGAAACAUUCCACAAGAGAUACAAACAUUUGUCCCAAAAUUUAAAGGUGUCAUGCAGGCAUCCAGUAGCAGUGAGGUUAAACUUGAUAAGCGUUACAGUCCUAGUUUUAGAGAUCACGAGACUCCAUCGGGAAAAGGAUCGACAAAAAGAAAAAGAGAUGAUGUUUUAAGAAUGAAAAUUCAUCGUAAAAAUAGUUCCGUAGACGUCUUGAAGUCGGGAACGCAUCUCGAUUCGGCUGCAAAUAAACAAUAUUUUUUAUUACUGGAAAAUAUAACGUCUCAGUAUUCACAUCCAUGCAUCUUAGAUUUAAAAAUGGGGACCAGACAGCAUGGCGAUGAUGCAUCGGCUGAAAAACGCAGCAAGCAAAUGGCUAAAUGUGCUGCGAGCACUUCAGCGUCUUUGGGUGUUAGACUCUGUGGAAUGCAGGUUUACCAAGCAGACACCGAUCAUUACAUAAAACGCGAUAAAUAUUGGGGAAGAGAACUAAAUGAAGAAGGCUUUAAGGAAGCUUUGAUCAGAUUUUUUCACAAUGGAUAUUGUUUGCGUGCAACUGUCAUACACAGAGUAAUAACGCGAUUAGAACAAUUGCGUCGUGCUAUUGAAAGACAAAGCAGUUACAGAUUUUAUUCCUGCUCGUUAUUAGUUGUCUAUGAAGGUUAUCAAAUUGAAGAUUACAUGGAGAGACGAACGCCAACAUUGAGGGUUGAGGAUACAUCGAACGAUGUGAGCUACGUGGAGGCGCACCCGUCCGAUCCAUGUUACGACGCUGACACGAGUAAUAAUUCAACGGAUUAUAAUUUAUCAUCGCACGACGAAGUAAGUGAAGCGACAUUUCAUCGUGUUUUCGGCGAAGCUGCCGCGCGCGGCGCAAAAACAUCCUCGGGCUUCUAUCCAAUAAGUGAGGAGACCGUAUUCAUGGAUCCGCCGUCAAAUUUAUUGAAUAGCGUUGUACAGACAACUGGUUGUCCCUAUGAGAAUUGGUUGAAUUACAGUAGCAGUAGUAGCGGCGAUGAUUAUUGCUGCGGGCAGCAUUCGGUCGUUCAUUCAGAGGACACAAGUUCCGAUCUCGAUAUUGGAGCUGAAUGUUCGGUGAAACGGAAUAAGCAUCGACAUCGUCAGCAAUUGUACGAGGGUAAAGAGUGUCACGACGAGGAGGACAGCCUCGAGCACACCAGCAGCAUGUCCAAGAGACUCAGAGUCAAGGACAGUGAAAAAUUGGCCGAUCUUCACAAUAAUUCACUUGUCGAUGUUCGAAUGAUCGAUUUUGCCCACACGACAUUUGGCCACACCGGUCUGGCAACCAGUUCGAAUUCAAAUUCAAAUUUAACGGUUCAUCAGGGUCCCGACUGUGGUUUUCUCACUGGACUCGACAGUCUCAAGCGAUUACUCCUCGAAAUUGCAAAUGAAGAUUAACCAUUUUUUCUUCGUCCUCAACUUCAAUUCUUCUCUUCUUUUUUCCCCACCCGCCAAAUGACAAUUCCAAAAUUUUACCAACUUGACCUUUUUUUUACACCUUGAUACAAAAAAAAUUUACAAUCAGUCUCGAACUGAAAAUUCAAUUUUAUUUAAUACCGAGUGAAAAGUCUUUUGGCAAAAAAUAAUUAUAGUGACAUUUUUUAAUAAAAAAAUACAAUUGAAGUUAAACUGAGGAAAAGUGAUUAAAAAUAGAAAGUAUCGAAAACAAAUUCGAUGAAAAGAAUAGAAAAUGAAAAAAAAAUGCAAAAACCGUGAAAAGAACGCUAGAAAUUUUGCGUGAAAAAAAACGGUGUAAAACUAGAGAAAAAAAGAAAGAAACGAAAACGGUGAAUAAGUGAUAAUUAUUUUAAGAAAAUAAAUUUUUUUUCCCCCGAAUAAAAAUCAGGGCUGAGAGAAACUAUAUUUGUUAAUAAAAAAAAAAAGAAAAAGAAGAGUGAUGAAACUUUUUUUUUGUUUAUUUCUAGUUACUUAGAUUUUUGUACAAAAGAGUUUGAAAUUGUAUAUAGGCUUCGAAUUUUCAUUUAAUUAUUUUUGAGGAGGGAAAACAAAAUUGAAUUUUGAGCGCAACAAAAAAAAGCUGUAGAUUCGCUCGCGCGUCAAUCGCCUUUUAAGUGCACUAUACUAAAUCAUCUUGAAAGAAAAAGAUGUGCGAUAUUUAGAUUUAUAGAGAAAAAAAAACACUCCUGCCACUUAUUUAAGACGAGACUGCGACGACAAUUGACUUUUAGGAAAUAACUUAGGAAAAACAAAGUAUUCUUGACCAAGCGGAAAGCAUCCUCUCUUUUUUUUAAUUAUUAAGUAGAAGAUAUAUCCGAAGAAAAUAUUUUUCAUUGAAGGUAAUGUUUCGUAAACAAAGCACUAUUGAAAGAAAAACAAAAGUGGAUUUUUAAAUCCCGAAAAGAAUUUGCUUCAAGCAUUCUAUUUAUUUUUAACACACUGCAAAAGAAGUUGUCGACUUCUGAUGUUUUACUAUUAUUAUUAUAUUUUGAAAUAGAAUUAGUGUCGACUUCUAUUUAUUAUUAUUAGAUAUAUGUAGAAAAUUAGUCUUAGUUUCCAAUUGCAUGGAAAAAUUGAAAAAAUUUCAAAAUUAAUUCAAAUUUAAAAUUAAAA